AUGUUCAUCUACAUCAAACAUGGAGAUAAUCAGCAGUUUCUGGUCAAUACCAAUUGCUCUGUCCUCCUGUUGCUGCAUCACACCCGCAGUAAAUUGGGGUUGUCUAAAACAGACACCAUCGAUUUGUGUGAUGAAACGGGGACAAUGAAGAUGCUAUUCCUGACGAAGACCCCAGGAGACUACGCCAGCAAUUUCCUUACACCCCGAAACACCUACUACGUUUGUAGGGUAGACCGUGGGCCACGAGGAACCCGAUUUGAGAAUGCCUACAGAGCUUUUGUGCCUCUCCUGAAGAAUCCAGAGCCUGAGCUAAUUGACGCAUUGCACACACAAUGUGACUUCCUAGAGAGGAACAGAAUAAAAAUGCUUAGAAGCCAAGAAAUCAAGAAGGUCAUUCCAGUUGAGUCUUCCGUGCACCUACCAUACAAAUUAUCAGGACGAGCAGAGGAAGAGGGGGCCACUAGUCUGCUCUUUAAGACCAGAGCAGACUUUCUCAGCAGGAGGAAAAACUAUCGCUAACUAAAUAAACUCACCAAGCUAAAGCAGUAAUGCUAGGUAUG